AUGGAUGACAUUUUGAUUGCCAGUAAUGAUAUGACAUCUGUGAGUACUUUGAAAUAUUUACUUGAUGAAAAAUUCAAGCUGAAUGAUCUUGGGCCCCUCAAAUAUUGUCUAGGCUUAGAGGUUGCCAGAUCAUCUCGUGGAAUUUCACUGUGCCAACGAAAGUAUGCUCUUGAAAUCUUACAAGACGCUGGUUUUUUAGCUUGUAAACCAGUUUCUUUCCCUAUAGAGCAAAAUUUAAAACUCAGUAAAGAUAUUGGUGCCUUGUUGCCUGACCCUACAGUAUUUCGAAGAUUGAUUGGUAGACUUCUUUACCUUACUCUCACAAGACCAGAUUUAUCUUACUUUGUUCAGAGGCUUAGUCAGUUUAUGGAUCGUCCUAGAAUGCCUCACCUGACAGCAUCUCACAGGAUUUUACAAUAUGUAAAAAAUGCUCCUGGUUUUGGUCUUUUCUUUCCAGCUCAUACUUAUCUAACUCUCAAAACUUUUGCAGAUUCAGACUGGGCCUCUUGUCCCGAUGGCAGAAGAUCAACCACUGAUUUUUGUGUUUUUCUUGGUGGCUCUCUGAUUUCUCGGAAGAGUAAGAAACAACAAAUUGUUUCUCGCUCUUCUGCUGAAGCUGAAUAUAGGGCCAUGACGUCCACCACUUGUGAAAUAGUUUGGCUUUUAACUCUUUUAUGUGACCUUCAUAUUCCUCAUUCUCAUAGUGCUCAUCUUUUUUGUGACAGUCAAGCUGCACUUCACAUCGCUGCCAACCCCGUUUUUCACGAAAGGACAAAGCACAUUGAGCUCGAUUGCCAUUUCAUUCGAGACAAGCUCCAAGCUGGAAUCAUCAAAACAUUUCAUCUUGCAUCUCAACAUCAACUUGCUAAUGUCUUAACCAAGCCAUUGGGUUCUCAGCAGUUUUACUCCUUGAUUUCCAAGAUGGGAGUUUGCUCUAUUUACUCUCCAUCUUGA